UUGUUUUUGUGUCAAAACAGCCAGGCAGUAUUGCAAGAGAAAAGAACACGAAAGAAAAAAGACAAAUCAAAUAAUUAAAAUAAUUAAAUAUAUUCCGCUACACUUCUCGUGCCGGAAGUGCGAGCAUAAAUCGGGCAUUAGAUUACCAUCAAUAGAAGUUUUCUUGGAUUUACACAAUUGUGUAUUUUGUUGCAUUUCACUUUGCAGUCAACCAAAAAAAUAAACUGAUAUCUUUGUUGAACCAGAAGAUAGCUCUGAUAAAAAAAUGUCCAUGUUAUACUACUAACCAUUAAUUAUCAAUGCCAAAAGAAUGGAGGGAUUUGUUGCCGAAGAUAAAUAUCAAAAGUUAGCCAGUGAGUAUGCAAAGAUAAGGGCACAAGCUUCAGUACUGCGGAAAGGCAUAUUGGAAGAACAAUCAAAAAAUUCCAAUCUACGAGAUCAAUUGAAACAAAAGGAACUAGAGGCCAGGCGGUCAGAACAAGAAAUCGACUCACUGGGUUUUCGUAACAAGCAAUUGGAACUGCGUGUUGCUGCUCUGCAACAGGAGCUGGCCACAAGUGAAGCACGUAAAAGGGAUAAGGACAAGAAACGAAGUCCACACGAUAAAAAUGAUGCAGCCCACAACAAUGCAAUGGCAAACAAGGCAGAUAUUUCGCAGGAUGCAUUAAUUUUCGAGGAGCUACAAAAGAAGAUUAUUGAAAAUGCCGAACUGACUUCACUGAUUGAUGACAAAGAAAGAAGUCUCCAGCUUCAUGCUGAGCGUAUUAGAAAUAUGGAAGAUACUAUGGAAAAACGUAAUAUUGAACAUGCCGACAAUGAGAAACGGCUACGUAAAGAUAUCGAAUCAUUACAAUCCCGAAAUCAGGAAUUGGAAACCAAACUUGUUGAAGCUGCAAGCAUGUUGGGCAGUGAAGAUGCUUUGAGUGCAUCAGGAAGCGAAACCACACCGUUACACAACCAUCAUCAUAAUUCUCAUCAUUCGGAAAUUGAAAGUCGUCUGCAUGCCUUGGAACAAGAAGUGGCGCACUGGCGUUCACAGUAUGAGUUGAGUAAACUCUAUGCCGAAUCUCUGGAAAUUGCUGAAACAAAUUUGUUGUGCAAUGAAGAAAUCCGAGCAAAUUCCUCUUGCAAUAGCACAACAACUGCUGCGGGCCUUACGAUAAUACCUUCAUUUUCGGAUGGCAAGAGCAAAAGGGAUUCGGGAAAGGAUCAUCAUGCCAUGCCAUGCAGCAAAGAAUUGCUUAUAUUCAACCACUUAAGUAAAAAGCUGGAAGAUCUUCUCAAAGAUAAAGUAUGGGCCGAAUCCAAGGUUCGCAGUGUGGAAACCGAAGUGGAUAAUUUACAAAUUUGUCUCGAAAAUGCUACACAAGAACUGAAAAACAAAGACGAACAGAUAGAAAGCAUUAAUCAAGCAUUGCAUUUACUGGAAGAAGAUAUGACAACUACCCGAGUUAACUAUGACGAACAGAUUAGUGUUCUCACCGAACAGAUUAUUAGCUUGAGCGAACAGCUAGCAGCCAGUAAAUAGCUUCUUUCGCUGUGUAUAAUUAUUGACAAAUAUUUUAGUCAAGAGAUUGUGUAUUUAUUUAUGUAAUAAGCGCUUUUUGACCAGUCUACUUAGUCUGGUCCUAAUUUAUUAUUGUAAACAACAAAUAAAACUUCUUUGUAUAUAUUCUAGACAUGUCAAA